AUUCACUAAACAUUCCAGAAGCUGGGAGGAGAUUUCUAAAUAGUAUACGUAUAUAUGUAUGUGUAUAUUCGGACCCGACCCGACCCGACCCGAAGCAAAACGGUCAAAAUCAGCAGAAACACGUUGAAUCCUUCUCAGAGGCCAAGUGACGACGAUUCAUUUGACGCUUCUUUUUUCUUCCUCGAACUUUUUCGAUUUCGUCUUUCACGUUUGAUCGAUCCUUCGUCUUCCUGCGUCUUUGUAGAUACACGUAUAGGAUUCGGCUUUUGUUGGUAUGUAGCUGGUUUUUCAUACUGUACAGAGAGCUUAAACAUAACUGCAAGAUGGCUUCAAGAGCGCUUCUACGAAGAAGAAAGUACCUCGUUCAGUCACUUAGUGGACAUUCGCAAACAAUCCAAUGUCAUUCAAGCCUUGAGCGGUUGGGAUAUGAGAAUGUAAAGGGACUGAGUUCUGGUUCAGGAUCAUAUAUAGCUGGAAAACCUGAUUCUAAAGAUGGGAAUCUGCAUGCUUUUCUCAAGAACAAAGAAUCGAUCGCCUCAUCAGGGUUACAUAGAAGUAGGUUGCUUCAGUCUCCAAAUUUUAGUAAUGGAGUUGGAAGAUCAAAGUUCCCUUAUCCCUUGGGCUAUAGAUUGGUUCGAGAAUCUAUGUGGUCUUCUGUGGCAACGGCCAACAAGCCUGACAAUGAUAAAAAGGACGAAAAGCUUACUUCACAAACGAAAGAAGCUUCUCCUGAGGAGUGUGAUGAAGCAGUCGAGGGUAUGAGUUUGGCCAAAGCUAAAGCUAAAGCGAUGAAACUGGAAGAAUCCCAGAAAUCUGACGUAUCCGUUAUGCAACGUGUGCGGUUGUUUCUUCUUGGAAUAGGUCCUGCUUUGAGAGCUAUUGCGUCGAUGAGCAGGGAAGAUUGGGCUAAGAAGCUUCGUCACUGGAAAGAUGAGUUUAAGUCGACGCUGCAACACUACUGGCUAGGGACAAAGUUGCUCUGGGCUGACGUGAGGAUCAGUGUAAGGCUGCUUGUUAAACUUGCUAAUGGGAAAGGUCUCUCUAGGAGGGAACGGCAGCAGCUCACUCGAACGACCGCAGACAUUUUUAGAUUAGUCCCGGUCGCGGUUUUCAUUAUUGUCCCAUUCAUGGAGUUCUUGCUACCGGUAGCUCUUAAGCUUUUUCCCAACAUGCUUCCGUCAACUUUCCAGGACAAGAUGAAAGAAGAGGAGGCACUAAAAAGAAGGCUGAAUGCAAGAAUGGAGUAUGCAAAGUUUCUCCAAGAUACUGUUAAAGAAAUGGCAAAGGAAGUCCAAACCUCGCGCAGUGGUGAAAUUAAAAAGACGGCAGAAGAUUUAGAUGGAUUUAUGAACAAGGUUAGAAGAGGAGUCGGCGUUUCAAAUGAUGAAAUUCUGGGCUUUGCAAAGCUAUUCAAUGAUGAGCUUACAUUGGAUAACAUUAACAGGUCUCGAUUGGUAAAUAUGUGCAAAUACAUGGGUAUUAGCCCAUUCGGAACUGAUGCAUAUUUACGUUAUAUGCUUCGGAAAAGAUUACAGGAGAUUAAAAAAGAUGAUAAGUUGAUCAAGGCUGAGGGUGUGGAGUCACUCUCAGAAGCUGAACUUCGCCAAGCUUGCAGAUACAGAGGAAUGCUUCAAUUAGGUUCAGUUGAAGAGAUGAGACAGCAGUUAAUUGACUGGCUGGAUUUGUCUCUCAACCAUUCAGUGCCAUCAUCUCUCUUAAUCCUCUCUAGGCAAGCGUCAUUCUCAAUGGCUGGGAAACUCAAGCCAGAAGAGGCUGUUCAAGCUACUCUCUCCUCUCUACCAGAUGAAGUUGUGGACACAGUUGGGGUCACAGCUCUGUCAUCGGAAGAUUCUGUAUCAGAAAGGAAGAGGAAGUUGGAAUUCCUAGAAAUGCAAGAAGAAUUAAUCAAGUCCGUUAGCAUGGAGCGUGAAGAGUUCCUUAAACUAGUUAAAAAGGAGGUAGAUCUAUACAACAGCAUGGUAGAGAAAGGUGGUACAGAUGAUGAGGAAGAAGCUAGGAAAGCUUACUUAGCUGCUCGUGAAGAUAGUGACCGAAGUGCUCAAAAAGCUAUCGCUGAUAAAACUUCUUCUGCACUAUUAGAUAGGGUGGAGACAAUGCUGCAGAAACUCGAAAAGGAAAUUGAUGAUGUCGAUAACAAGAUUGGAAACCGCUGGAGACUCUUGGACAGAGAUUACGAUGGAAAGGUAAGUCCCGAUGAGGUUGCUUCGGCGGCGAUGUACCUUAAGGAUACAUUAGGCAAAGAGGGUAUACAAGAGCUUAUUCAGAAUCUUUCUAAAGAUAAAGAUGGUAAAAUAUUGGUUGAAGAUUUGGUGAAGUUAGCGAGCGAGAUUGAAGAUGCUGAAGCUGACGAGGUGAAUGAGCCAACCAAGUCUUGAGAUUGUGUUUUUUUCUUCUGUGUUCACCACUUUCAUGAUUCUUACUUCUGUUUACUGGAAAAUAAAAGUCGUAUAGUAAGAUAGAAAUUAGAAUUUAUCUUGACACACAAUUUCCUCACUUUCUCAAGAUUUUUUCUGUCUUCUUUAUUGGCAUUAUUUAAUCGAAGGGUGGCCAUAUAUGAUUUUUUUUUUUUUGUCAACAUAUGAUUAUUGUUCUUGUGUUUGUUUUCAUUGAAGUUGAAUUUUUGCUGGAGUUGGUUUUUGGUUGUGGCAUUAAUGUCGUUUUAAUUGUGUUUCAGUAUUUUGGUUGUAGGCAUGUAGCAUUGAAGUUAAUUUUUUCAUGUUUGAAAGUUUUGCUCGAACACGUUGUGUAAAUAAUUUAACUAAAACAUUAGAUUUGUCCGGAUUUGUCAAGAUCUCAAUAAAUUUUUAACUAGGCAUCCUUUUCAGUCAAUGAAGAGGAGGAUAAGGACUAUUCCACUUCAAAUGCCCCCACCAAAUUCAGAAGAGUAUAUUCGUUGCCUAUUCAGAUUUUUUACUACUUUCUUGUAGUAAAAAAUUAUAUUCAAAUGCAAUUUUGAAAGAUUUGAAAUGCAAAAGAGGAUUUUAAAUCAAUCAGCAACUCACUCGAGAGAGAGAGAGAGAUGUGUUCAUUGGAGAAGCGUGGUCGACUUUUUUUGCCAAGACUUGCCGGCGACGGCGAGCACCGUCUGAACCCAACUUUACUCGACAAACUUCGCUCGGCCAUAAACCAAAUCCGUUCCGAUCCAUCGUCUUCACAAUCAGUCCUCAUCACAACAGCAGAAGGAAAAUUCUUCUCAAACGGCUACGAUCUCGCCUUAGCCGAAUCAGAUCCUUCUCUCCGUUUCCUAAUGGAUGCAAAACUCCGAUCCUUAGUGGCCGAUCUCAUCUCUCUUCCUAUGCCGACAAUCGCCGCCGUAACAGGUCAUGCCUCCGCCGCGGGAUUCAUUUUAGCGAUGAGUCACGACUACAUAUUGAUGCGUCGCGAUAGAGGAUUUCUGUAUAUGAGUGAAUUGGAUAUCGAGCUUAUAGUUCCGGCGUGGUUUAUGGCUUUGAUUCGGAUGACAAUUGGAUCUCCGGCGGUGAGACGAGAACUGAUGCUGACGGCGGCGAAAGUUACGGCGGAUAAGGGUUUGGAGAUGGGAAUUGUGGAUUCCUGUUAUGGUAGUGCGACGGAGACGGUGAAAGCCGCCGUAAAGUUAGGCGAGGAGUUAGUUAGGCGAGGAUAUGAUGCCCACGUGUACGGUAGGAUUAGAGAGAUUCUUUUAAGAGAGGUUCUUGAUACGAUUGGUUCAAAUGAGAGUGCUUCGAGUGCGGUGCGAAACAUUAGUUCAAAACUGUAACAGUGUGACAUGUUUGUAUUAUUAAAAAUCAUAUAAACUGUUACAGUAUGACUUGCAUAAUUUUUUUUUUUUUUUUUGCGGAAUGACUUGCAUAGUUUUUUGAUGAGUUUUUUUGUUCAAUAACCAUAUUCGAAAAACAAUAGAGGAAUAUAGCUAUGAUAUUUGAAAA